AUGACAGAAAUAAACAAAUAUGAGUCCAUCAUUACAAUUCUAAAAAAUUUGAACAAUCCUAAACUCGCUUCACAAUGUGAAUAGCAACUCAAUCGUCUGCCCUUCUUCAGCUUUUACAAAUAGGUCUUGAAAACAGACACAUUCACUCAAAGUGCAUUCAAGUACAGCUAACUUCUCUACUUGAAAAAAGGAUAAGUCUAUAAGCAUUAAGGUACAUCUCAGGUAUCUAAAUAGCCGACUCCGUUGAAAGUGUGCUAAUAUUGCUUGAAGGGUCGUUGUCUUUGAUUAAAACUGAUCAGAAGAAGCAAAAACUUGUUACUAAAUUAUAACCACCAGAACACCUUUUUCAAGCAGAAAUAUAUAAAAAGACUGCCUUUUCUAAAUACAAAAUAAUGGCCCUCACUGAUUGUACGGCUAUCUCAUUAAGUUUCAUUUCGAUCCAUGAGGUAUGUGCAAUAUUAUAGUUAGAUAUCAGUCUACGGAUUCUAAUUUGCAAAAUACAAAGAAGAAGUGGAAUAUUUUAGAAUACAAUUUCCAGAUAUUAAGCCAAUUGAAUUUAUUCCUUUUAUUAAGAAAUUGAAGAAGGAAAAUUUUUUGAAUAAUGUCAAAAUUUAUUCAGCCAAUCAAUCUGCCAAUAAAGUCUAUUUCAUCAUCUCGGGAGAAGUGGAAGUAUGUACAUGCAAUUGAAAUUACUCCUAGAUCUAUGCUGAGAAUGAGGAUGGCAAACUCCAGAGAGUUACAAUUGCUUGUGACAAUGACAGUUUUGGAGAAGAGGCAUUCUCGAGUUCUGUCCCCAGAUUAUACAAAUAUACAGCUAAGACCUAAUAUUUUAAGAAGACAACCGCUUUUGUUUUUGAAGUAAAUAUUAAAUUGUAUUAGAUUGAUGAUUAUUGCCACACGUAUGCCCCCAAUCUCAUUAAACAAUUGGAGGACAAAAUGAAACUGAAGGAAAAUCUCAUUCUUUAAAAGAUCAAGUAGACACAAACUCAAACAAGCACUUUGCCAACGAUAAUUCAUGGAUCUCUCAAAAAACCAUUUGAACAGUAAUUCCAUAUAUUCUAUUCUUUGCAGAUUCCUGCACAUUGCAUCACCAAGAUCGAAGGCGUCAUCCAUAAAAAUCAAUAGGGCCAUCAGUCUCAAUGAUGGAGGAUUGUUCAAUUUCAUGGAACUCAACAAUCCAGGGAAAAAUCAUAUGAGACUGUUUGAAUAACAUGUGAAUCGAUAGUUAAUAAAGGAGAGACACGAGGAACAUGGGAGUUUAUCGAGAGACAGAACGAAGUCUGUGGAAUUCUAGAAACUAUGGAAUCUAAAUUAGGAUUCUAAGAAACUACCUCAAAUUAAAUAACAUUGA